AUGCUCGCUGCCCUGGCUGCUGUUGUUGACGUUGGGCCCGCUGCUGUUGAUAUUGUUGCACCGGAAGCUCGAGAUCCCGAUGGCCCCAACCUGCACCUUCACCGCGUCAUGCGCAUCCAAAGCGCUGGUCGCAUCCUCUUCUUUAGCGCCUCGGCGCUCGUUUCCCGUCUCGACAUUCCGCCCCCUCUCCUUUCCUCGCUCGAUUUGUCCUCCAUGAUGCAUUUCCCCAUAGCCGCCUUGCUCCUGGCCGCCGCCAUCGUCGGGGCCGCCGAGGAAGUCUCGACGAACACGCAGGUGCCGUCAUGUACGGCGACGUCCUCGACCGGCAGCGGCGCCUUCUUUGACCUCCGGCCGGACAUGGCGGCCAAGGGCAAGACGGGCCUCGCGUCCGACUACAGCUCCAAGGGCAAAGACUACGGCAAGAACUUCACCCUCAACAUCUGCGGAGCCGUCGUCAAGCCGGUCAAGGACGUCAUCGGCCUCGACAAGGACCGGUGGGCCAACGUGAGUGCGUACUACGUGUCGCACGGAAACAUCUACUCGAUAGGGAGCCAAUCGAUGAACCUCAUCAGCCGCGGCAGCAAGCUCGUGCUGCAGUACACCGGCGGCUCCCCUUGCGGGCCCAAGUCGCGCAAGGGCAGCAGGGCCGUCAAAACGCUGCUGGCGCCCCAGGCUCCCCAGGCGCAGGCGCAGGCGCACGAGGUCGAGACGCUCGAGAGAAAGGUCAAGGACGACGAAAAGGGCUGGACGCGCCAAAAGUCGACGACGAUAUCCUUCCACUGCGAUCGCGACCGCACCAGCACGCAAACCAUGAUAUCCUUUGUCGGCACCGACCCGGACGAGUGCGCCUACUUUUUCGAGGCCCGCUCCGUCCACGCCUGCGCCCACGCCGAACCGCACAAGCCCGGCAGCGUCGGACCCGGCAGCGUCUUCGGCAUCAUACUGCUCGUCGCCGUCUUGGUCUAUGCCCUGGGCGGCGUCUUCUACAACCGCACCGUCGCCAACGCCCGCGGCUGGCGUCAGCUGCCCAACUACAGCCUGUGGGCCGGCAUCUGGGGCUUCAUCAGCGACAUGGGUGUCAUCCUCUUCUCCACCUGCACCCGCUGCAUCCCCAGGAGGCGAGGGUACAACUCGCUCAACGCGGAUGCCCACGGCCGGAACCGGAGUUCGGAAGCCGAGAAUCGGCUGAUUGAUCAGCUAGACGAGGAGUGGGACGAUUGA